UGUAGUGUUACAUUUAAUCGAACAUUCCGUUACAUUCCAGUAAUAUAUUACUCCAAUUAUAGUAAAGUUGCUAUAUAUAUAUAUAUAUAUAAUGGAAUCACCAGCGACAAUAUACCAAAAUAUUAGACUCAAUGACUCCAAGGAUUCGGAUGUUAUGUUGUUUGCCUUAGCUACUCCUGGAUCUGCUUUUAAGCCAUCGAUAAAGAAAAUUGAUAUUUCAUGGCGAUUAGAAAAGUUUAAGAGGUUAUAUUCAAAUAAAGGAGGUAAGAACUCCCCUGAGCCUAUAUCUGCAGCGUAUAUCAAUACUUCAGAGUUAGAUUUCUUUGACUUUUAAGUAAUAAAUAAUUAAUGAUAGUAAACCCAAUGUAUAUAUAUUGAUUUAGUAAUAAAAAUGUUUUGAUAGU